GGCGGCGGGAGAGUGACCGGAGGAACCGGGAGUGACCACAGAGUGACCGCAGGGACCGGGCCCUCCGUGUCCCCACCCCCGGCACCGACAUGUCCACCGCCAUGAACUUCAGCAGCAAGAGCUUCACGCCGCGGCCGCCGGACAAGGGCGCGUUCCCGCUCGAUCACUUCGGGGAGUGCAGCGCCUUCAAGGAGCGGUUCAUGGAGUGUCUCCGCCACAGCGGCUACGAGAGCGCGGCCUGCCGGCAGAGCGCCAUGGCCUACCUGGAGUGCCGCAUGGACAGGCAACUUAUGGCUAAUGAACCACUGGAAAAAUUGGGAUUUAAAGACCUGAUAAAUGAGAAAUCAGAAGAAAAACCUGAAAAGUCGUGAUGAAGACAGACAGCUUUGCUCUUCAUGAGGGGAAAGCAUAACUCUGAAUGUAGUACAUAUUGUACAUUCUGUUCAUAUUGCAACAGGAAGUGUUUCCUGAAAGAACCUUUUUUCCAAAAUUUAAUCUUCCUAAAAUAAGGUUUUUCUUUAAAUGUCUACUUUGGUCAAGUAUUUCUUAACUUCUUUAAUUUCUCUAGAAGCAAGACAGUUAACAGCCCAAAGUGUUCUCCAUGUCUAAGAACAGUGAAAUCUUAUUUUAAGAGGACAAAACCCAAACCAAACAAUCCUUUAUUCUGUAGGUCUGGAACUACUGAUUAAUCUUGUGUGGGCAGUACUGAUAUGCUCACAGCAGUUACUUGCUAGGUGGAAAUAAAGCUGUUAUACUUUAAAAUUGCUAUUUAUUAAAUACUGGCGUUAGUCCCCAUCCCUGGGGUGGUCCCACCCUGCUAUGGAAGACAUUGGGUCCUGUGGGGGUACUUGGGGUGUGGUGCUUUUUCAGUCAUUUCAUCUUCUGUCAUUGUUGGGAGAGUAUUUCUAGUUCCAGACACCAGUCAGGGAGUGAUUCUGCCUUUAUUUACUGUGCCAGCAGUGUUCACCUAUUUUUUCAUCAU